AUGACGAUUUCGAACGCGGUGGUCGGGAAUUUGACGACGAUUUACCUUUUUGUCUUCGCCGCGAUGAAGGCCUACAGCCUCGCCGUGGGGCGGAGCUUCGGCGGCGUCUACGUCCUCGCCCUGUCGACGGCGGUGGUGGCCGCAAUCCUCAUCGGAAGCCUCGCUUGGGACGUCUCGCGGAAGGCGACGCAGGCUCUUAUGGCGCGCGACCACCAUCAUGAAAUGUGCCGUGGCGGCAUCUGCUGGCACGGCGUCGCCGCCAAAUCGCCGGCGUCUGAGGUCCGGUUCCGCCUCCGUCACCACCAUAAUCUCUGA